CCGACCUGCUCUCCCGGCGGUGCAGCUAGUCCUGUCGGGAUGGGUCCAGCGGCAAAGGCGGGCCUGCUGCUCCUCCUCGUGCUGGCGGCGACCGCAGUCUUCGCGGGCAACGAGACCGUGCUGGGCUUCCCGGCCGUGGGCCACCGCUUCCGCAACUGCCACGAGGUGCACCAGGCCAGCGCCGGCAGCGCCGACGGCGUGUACGUGGUCUUCCCGUACGACUGCUGUCCCGAGCGGCCCGUGCGCGUGUGGUGCGACAUGGCGACCGACGGCGGCGGCUGGACGCUCAUCCAGCGGCGCGACGACUACGCCGAGCAGGAGGACUUCUUCCGGACGUGGACCGAGUACGUCCUGGGCUUCGGCAGCGUCGCCAAGGACCACUGGCUCGGCCUCGACCACAUCCACGCGCUCACGAGCCAGAGCCUCAGCCAGAUCCGCUUCGACCUGGUCGACUUCGAGGGCGAGUCGCGCUGGGCCAAGUACGACUUCUUCUACGUGCACGACAAGAGCGCCCUCUACAAGCUCGAGGUGGACUCCUACAGCGGCGAUGCUGGAGACUCCUUCUCGUACCAGAAGGGGGCGCGGUUCACCACCAAGGACCGAGACCAUGACUGGUCGACCGUGAACUGCGCAGAAACGUACAAGGGCGCCUGGUGGUACACGGGGUGCCACGCGACCAACCUCAACGGACCGUACCUCAGGGGAAGCCACGUGUCCUAUGCAGACGGCAUAAAUUGGGCUGACUGGCACGGACACUAUUACUCCAUGAAGACGGUUACCAUGAAGAUUAAGCCGACUUUCUUCUAAGACGUUCGCUGUUGGCUCAAAAGGAAAUGAAGAAAAGAUAUGAAAAAGAAAGAAAGAAAGAAGAAGAAGAAGAAAACAGCUGAAGGUGAAGAACACAGACGGAAACUAUAAAGACACCCCAUUUUCUUGUGUUGUUUAUGCAUAGGCCUUGUUUACUGAUUUUUUUCCAUUUGCAUAAAAACGUUAUCUGUCUAAAAUUGUGAAUGUUUUUAUAUAGUUUUCUUUAAAGCUAAAAUUGGUAUGAACUGUAGAAGGGGGAGGGGCGAGUUUGUUAAAUUAUUAUCAUUAUUAUCAUUAUUAUUAUUAUCUUAUUUGCUGGAUUAGUCUAAUUUAAACCAACAUAGUCUUUGCUUCUGAGCUACCAGGUCAGUGGUUUAACUGAAAGUGGUGCAUCUAUUUUUCUUGAUACGAAUAGUUUAGAAAAAAUAUGGAUUGUUAAGGUGGUGAUUCUGUCAAUGCCAUUGUUUAUUUAUAUUUCGGAUCAUCUGGGUGGUUGGUAUUCCGAAAUGACCUUCAAGACACUGUUAUCUAGUGAUAUAUGCAAAUAAUCAGCAGCUGAGGUAGAGUUAGGUUCUAUAUCUGUAAAAAUGGAAGGUCUUACAGGUGCUAGUGCUGCACAACAUCAGAUAUGGUGAAGUGAUUCAUUUGUAAAUUGGUCACAAUAUUGGCAUGACCUCAUUUCUGCAUUAACAAAAAUAUACCCUUUCUCAUAACACGCACGAGGAUAGUAUC